AUGGUAAAGGCAGAAACUACAGGAAGUUUAAAAGAUCUUAUCCAAAGUGAAGAUGUGAAACCCAAGCUGCAGUACAUCAUGACUAACCCUUCCUUUUCUAUGGUAACAGUUCAAAGUGAAGACAGUGGGAUAACCUGGGAAACUAGCUCGAGUAGAUCUUCUACUCCCUGGGCCUCAGAAACUAGUACAACAUCUGAUCUUUACAGUAUGGAAAGUUCACCAGUAGGUUCUCCUCCAGGAAAAGUUAUCUUUAUUAUGGAUGAAGGUAAGAUUAUUCGGAAAAGGAAGCGUAAAUCUUCAAAUAGGCUGCCAAUGGCUACAAACCUGAAGGGAGGCCAGGGCAAUAAGAAACGUGACUCUUCUGGAAUGCAGAGGCAAGAACCAAGAACUGUUCUAGGAGAUCUGCAGGGCUCUGUGUUGAAUGUUGAACAGGUGGAAGGACAAGACACAGAUGAGGAAAUGUUGGACGACAAAGAAGAUCUAGAGAACAUCACAGAAGAGCCAGUAAAACGUGCUCCGAUAAGAUCAAUAUUUAGAGAAAACAGACUGAGAAAAGUAGGGCCGAUCCUUGGAGGACCAGUACAAGCUAGAAUCCAGCUGUUCAACUCAAUUUUUGGAGGGACUGAGCCAGCCCCUGAAACACUGGAGAAAACCAGAAUCCAGAGAAGUAACUCAGUCUCGGGAGAUUCUGAACAGUUCCUUGAAACAUCAGUAAAAGAAAGACUGCAGAAGUUCAGUUCACUUUUAGAAGCAAAACAUCAAAAAUCUUGCCAGAGAACAAGAAGUAGAAAACUUGAAACACCACCAGAGAGAAGAAGGGAGCAAAGACAGCAACCCACAGCACAUGCAAAUCAAAGCUGUUCUUCACCAACAACACCUCUUGAAAAACAGCUUGCUAAUAAAGAUGAUAUUUCAUCUGAAAAUAUUAAACCCAUUAAAAUGAAAGAUAAGACAAGCAGAUUUUCAAGCUUUGGUGCAGAAACAGCUCUUCAACAUGAAGAACGAAAAGAGAGACAAUCUCUUUCAGAGAUUCCAAAUCAGGUAUCAGGACAGUCACUGAAGUCCUGCCCUCCUGAAGAAGCCAAGAAGCAGCAAAGUUAUUCACCUGCAGCCAAAACAUCAAUAACAGAGCAAUCAACCUCCAUUUCAUUACAGUCUGAUGCUAAACCAGAGAAACAAGUGCUGCUUCCUUCAGCUGAAACUGCAAACAAGAAACCAGACCAAACCCUGCUGACAGCAUCAGAUCUUCUGGAUGAACUGACAGAGCAGGAAAUUCAGCCCAAUUCUGCCCCACAGUCUGUUUCAGCAGAUUUUGUUAAUGAAGUAGGUAGAGAAAGUACCCAACCUAUUUUACCUACAGCAUCUGUGUCAGAACAUCCUGAGAGGGAAGUACAGAAGUCAGCAGUUCAGUCUUACUUACCUAGUGCUCCCUCAGCUAAAUCCAAAUAUUCCACUCUAUCUGAAACAAGACAGGAGGAUAUUAUUCCUCAGUCAUCAGAAACUGCACAAUCUGAGUCUGAACAUGUACUAUUACCACAUUCUGUAGAUGAAACAGAGAAGCAAGAAAUUGAGUGUCAUUCAUCAACAACUGCAUGGUCAGAAACUGAGCAUUCAGGUCUAUUGUACUCUGCUAAAAAAAAAGAGAGUCAAAAGACCCCACCACCAGAAACCCAAAAUAUUCACUUAAAGAAGCAUGCAGAAUCCAAGGAGCAAGGAGUUAAACUAAAUUUACCUAUUCCUGAAAAGAGAGAUUCUAAAUAUUUUGGCAUUUCAUAUCCUGUUCACACAGAAACACAAGAAACUCAGAAAACUUCAGCUGUAAAUAAAGGAGUCGAUUUGGAUCACCCUGAUUUUUCUGUUGAAAAAAAGAAACAAGUAGAAUAUGCACAAAGGGAGAUGGACCAUCCAGAUUUGUCAUAUUCCAACAAAGAAAUUGGGGAAUCAGAUGGAACACAGACGGAGACAGAGCAACUGGACUUCUCUUUUUCCAAGGAAGACACACAGGAAUUGGAGCAUGCACAGCUGGAGAUGGAGCAUCCAGACUUCUCUUUUUCCAGGGAAGAAAUGGAGGAAUCGAAGAGUGCAAAACUGGAGACAGAAUAUCCAGAUUUUUCAUAUUCCAGAGAAGAAACAGAAGAAUUUGAGAGUGCACAGCUGGAGAUGCAGCACCCAGACUUUUAUUUGUCGAGGGAAGAAACAGAGAAAUCAAAGAGUGCCCAGCUGGAGAGAGAGCACCCAGAUUUCUCAUACUCCAGAGAAGAAAUGGUGGAAUCGGAUGGUGCACAGCUGGAGAUGCAGCAUCCAGACUUUUCUUUUUCGAGGGAAGAAACAGAGGAAUCAAAGAGUGCCCAGCUGGAGAGAGAGCACCCAGAUUUCUCAUACUCCAGAGAAGAAAUGGUGGAAUCGGACAACGCACAGCUGGAGAGAGAGCACCCAGAUUUCUCAUACUCCAGAGAAGAAAUGGUGGAAUCGGACAACGCACAGCUGGAGAUGCAGCAUCCAGACUUUUCUUUUUCGAGGGAAGAAACAGAGGAAUCAAAGAGUGCCCAGCUGGAGAGAGAGCACCCAGAUUUCUCAUACUCCAGAGAAGAAAUGGUGGAAUCGGACAACGCACAGCUGGAGAUGCAGCAUCCAGACUUUUCUUUUUCGAGGGAAGAAACAGAGGAAUCAGAAAGUGCACAGCUGGAAAUGGAACAUAGGGAGUUUUUAUUUUCCACAAAAGAAACAGAAAAACAAAAAUCUUUUCCUUUUGAACUGGAACAGCCAGAGUCUUACUCCCCUGAAGAAGCAGAGCAAGAAGAAACAGCACAUCUUGCACUGGUACCUUCAGAUUUCUCAUGUUUGCUGGAAGAAGCAGAGACGGAAAACACUACAGAACUCCAGUUGGUACAUCCAGAUAUGUCUGAUUGCACCAGAAGAACUGAGAUGCAGCAAACUGGGUAUCUGGAAGCAGCACAUUCAGAUUUACCAUAUCCCAUGAAUAAAACAAAGCAGCAAGAAUUGGCACAAGUAGAUGUGGACAAAUCUCUUAUGUCCUAUUUUGGUGACAAAGGAGAACAGCCACAGCCUGUACAGCAGGAUUCACAACCUGGAGGUAAGCUUUAUUCUCGUGCCAAGGGAGUGCAAGGAGAAACUACUCAACUGCAGUCAGAGCAUCCAGUUUUGUCAUAUUCUGCUGGAAAAGAACAGCAACAUAAAACCUCACAGAUGAGGACAGAACAGCCAGAGAUUAUAUAUUCCACUGGCAAAACAGAACAACAGGAAAUAUUGCAACUGAAGUUGGAGCAAGUAGAUUUGCCAUAUUCCCAUGGAGAAACAACACAAGAAGCUGUACAAAAAGACUUAGAAGGUCCAGAGCCAUCAUGUUUCAUUAGUGAAACAGAGCAACAUGAAAAUGUACAACUAGCUUCAGAAAAUAGAGAUUUCUCAUUUACCACUGGAGAAGUAAUGCAAGGAGUGGAGUCCGGAUCUUUGGGCUCCUCACAUUUGACUGACAGAGAAAAGACCUGGGAAAUGGCCCAAUUGAAGCAGGAGCAGUCACUUCCCUCCUGUUCCACUGCUGGUAGUCAGGAACAGGAAACCACACUACUGGAUGUGGCCCAGCCAGGUGUAUCGUAUUCCUUUGGCAGAAUGGAACAACAAGAUAUAGUACAGAGAGAACUAGAACAGCAGGAAACAUCCCAACAAAAAGCUAUGCAAAUGGAAAUGGAGUAUUCAGAUUUGUCAGAAACCUUGGGAAAAGAAGAGCCACAGGUCAUAGACCAAAUUAAUCUGGCAGAGCAAGAAACAGGUCAAACAGAGUUAGAGCAUCUGUCUUUGCCAUAUUCUCUCAGUGAACAAAUGCAAGAAGAAAUGCAAACAGAGCCAGCAUAUCCAGAACAGACAUUCUAUGUAAGUACAGAAAUGCAGGAGGAAAUGACACAACACAAAUCAGAGCAACCAUUUUUUUCAAGUUUUACUGGCAAAACAGAGCAAAAAGAAAUAGUACAUCCAGAGCUGAAGCAAAUGUUUUUGCAAUCUUCCAGUGGAACAGAAGCUCCGCUGGAAGUGGAAGUGAGUUCAGAAUAUCCAGAUUUGUCAUAUUCCUUUCAUGAAGCUGAACAACAAAAAAAGUUGAAACAUCCAACUUUACCAUUUCAUUUGAAGCAACAAGAAACUGCACCACUGGUGAUGGAACAGCCAGGUUUUUCAUGCAACAGUGGUGAAGCAAAACCAGGUGACACCGUAGAGCAGGAGUCAGGACAUCCAGAGCUCUCAGACUCCAUAGGAGAAAGACAAGGACAAACAGAACAUUUGGAUCCACCAGGAACCCUGGGUAAAGCAGCACAAGAUGAAAGUAUGGAAGUGGAAUCUAAAUAUUCAAAUUUGACAUGUUCUGAUAGCCAAAAAAACCAGCAAGAAACUUCAGAAUUGGAUUCAAAAUAUCCAGAUUUAUCAUUUUCCUUUAGUAAAGCCAAAGAACAAGCAACUCAAGAGUUUGAAUCUAAAUACCAAGAAUUGCCUAAAAUGGCCAGAAAAAGAGCUUCUCCAGCAAGUGCACAAAUACAGUCAAAACAUCCAGAUUUGACAUAUUCCCUUGGCAAAGGAAAUGAGCUGGAAAUUGCACCAUGGAAAAUGAAGCAUCCUGAUUUGCCACAUUGCACUGAUGAGACAAACCAACAGGAAGUAGUAGUGUUGGAUCAGAAAAACAGCAAAAUUUCUGCUGGCAGCGAGAAGCAGCAGCAAACCACAAAACAGCGGUUAGAGCAAGAAAAGUUAUCACAUUCUCCUGGUAAAACAGAGCAAUUAAAACAUGCCCAGGAGGACUUGGAACAACCAGAUUUAUCAUUUUCCAUUGACAGGCCGGGUGAUGAAAUGGCCCCACCAGAAGCAGGACAUGCUGAUGUGAUACAUCCUCUGGACAACACAGAGGUGCGACGAAGAGUACGACAAGAAUCGGAGCAAACAGGAUUGACUUACCCCUUUGGAAAAGCAGAACAUAAACCAGUUCAGCCAGAAGUGGAAAUACCACAUUUGGCCCAUUAUGCAGGUAUGGCAGAAGAAGAAGAAAUGGCAGAACCAGGGCAGGGACAUCCUGACUUGCCUUAUUCCAUUUUCAAAGCAGGAGGACUGCAGACUGCACAGCUGAAACCCCAACAACCUGGUCUAGUAUGCUCCCUCGACAAAGCGCAAGAAAUGACCCAGCUGGGGUUGAAACAGCCAGAUGUGUUGUAUAUUUGUGACAAAACAGAGCAACUCCUACCUGCCCAGCUCCGGCUGGGCCACACAGACUUGGCAUCCCCUACCAACAAAGUGGGGCAGCGAGGGAUGAAGCACACAGCCUUGGGACACCCUGAUGAGGGACAGCGUGUCAGCGGAGCAGAGCAUCCACAAGCUGUAGAAGAGAAACUCGGAGCUCCAGAUGCAUCAUCUCAUAGUGGAAAAGUGGAGCAAAGAGAAAUGGCAAAACCAGAGCCAAAGCAUCCUGACUUAUCAUAUUCCAUUGAUAAAAUGCAGACACAAGAAACUACACAACUGGGGUUAGGAAGGCCAGAUCUAUCAUCUUGGCCUGGCAAAACACAGCGAGCACAAACUGCUCAAGAGGAGCAGCCAGGCUUCCUUUGUUCCUUCAGAAAAGCUUCACAAGGAGAGACAGCACAGCCAGAAUUGGGACAUUCACAGUUAUCGUAUUCUGUUAGUGAGGCAGAACAAGAAACUGCACAUGUGAAAACAAACCAUUCUUCAGAUUUAUGUGCUGGCAGAUUAGAGCACCAUGAAAUCAUACAACCAGAGGCAGAACUAAUGGAUUUAUCAUGCUCAAUUGGUGAAACACAGCAACCUCAAAUGGCUGAAGUGGAUUUGGAGUAUCCGGAUUUAUUGCAUUCCACUGGCACAGUACAGAAACAAGAAAAGAUUCAACCAAAGCAGGAUCAGCCAGGUGAUUUUUCAUCAUCUCUCAGCAAAGAAGAGCAAUGGGAAGGUGCAGGGAUGCAGGCAGAACACCCUGAGCUGCAGUGCUCUAUGGGGAAAACAGACGGACUGCAAAAUGCCCAAGCAAAAUCAGAAUACGCAGAUUUAUCAUUCUCUGUUGGCACAGCAGAACCUCAUAAAACAAGACAGCCAGAGCUGAAAGAACACGAUUUGUUGCAUUCUGUUGUUGCAACAAAGCCAUCAUGGGCUGCCCCACUGGAGUCCAAACAUCCAGAUGUCUCAGAUGCCAUGGGCAAAGUACCACAUCCUGAUUUGUCCUCUUCUGUUGGUGAAGAGAAACAAAGUGCACAGCCAGAGAUCAAACAGGAGAGGGGAACCUAUACAUUACACCCAGAGGAAACAGUACGACUGAAAUUGAAAGAGCCAACGUUGUCAAGUUCUUGUGGCACAGCACAGCAACCAAAUAGGGCCCCACUGGAAGGGGAAUUCCGGGGCUGCUUCUAUUCCUCUGGCAAAAAAGAGCAACAAGAAAUGGCAAAACAAGAGUUGGAGCAUUCAGAUUUAUCCUAUUCCACUGAUAAAACACAGCAACAAGAAAUGACACAACUUGGGUUAAGAAAAACAGAUUUACCAUCUUGCCAUGGGAAGACAGAGCAACCACAAACUGUUCAAGUGGAAGCGGAACAUCAGGACUCGCUGCAUUUCACUGGCAAAACAGAACGGCGAGGAACAGCACAACCAGAGGGUGAGCAUCCAGAUUUGUCAUAUUCCAGUGACAAAGUAGAGCAGCCACUGGCUACACAAUGGAAAUCAGAGCAUCCUGUAACACCCCAUCCCACUGGAAAAACAGAGCAACAAGGAAUGUCACAUCCGGAGCGGGAACUUCCCAAUUUAUCACAUUCCAUUUGCAAAACGCUCUCACAAGAAGCAACACAAAUGGACUUAGGGCAACAAGAUUUAACAUAUGCCCUUGGUAAAACAGAUGAAAUACAAACUGUGCAAGGUGAGCUGGAGCAUACAGGUUUGUUGUAUUCUUCUGACAAAAGAGAACAAGAAACGGUAUUGCCAGAGUUGCGACAUCCACAGCUAUCUUAUGCUGUUAGAGAAACAGAAGAGGAAGCUACGCAUCAGAAAUCAAACUAUCCAGAUUUGUCGUAUUCUGUUGGUCGACACGAGCACCAUGAAAUUGAACAACCAGAGGUGGAAGAAAUGGAUUUAUCCUAUCCAGCUGGCAAAUCAGAGCACUCUCAACCUGCCCAAAAAGUACUGCAACAGCCAGAGCUUUUGGAGUCCUUUGGCAAACUAGAGGAAAAGGGAAUGGCACAGCCUGUCUUUUUGCACUCCCUUGGUGAAGAAAAGCAGAAACCAGCUUCACCGUUAGACUUUGUGCAGCCAGGUUUAUCACAUUCACCUGGCAAAACAGAAAAACAGGAAACUCCACAAGCAGGGUUCGUGCCUUCUGAUUUUUCAUAUUCCACAGGCAAAGCAGAGCAGUUGCAAAUGGAACAAUUAAAAUCAAAACAUCCAGAUUUGUCAUACUCUCUUGGCAAAGCAGAGACUCAUGGAAUGAAACCACCAGAUUUAUCGUACUCCUAUGGCAAAGCAGAGCAACCACAGACUGCCCAGUUGGAGCAUCCAGAGACAUCACAUUUCAUGGGGGAAAUGGAGCGAAGGGAUGGGGCCCAACCUGAACUGCAGUGCAUUAAUUUGCAGUACUCCGUUGUUGAAACAGAACAACCAGAAACACCUUCUGUAUCAUAUACCUUUGGCAGGACUGAGGAGCAGGGAACUGCGCAACCAGACUUUGAACAAUCAGAUUUAUUAAGACUUACAGACAAAACAGAAAAGCAUGAAACAGCCCUGCUGAGAGCAGGGCGUUCAGAGGAGCGAGACACUGGGGUUACUUCAUCUCUAACUGCUCAGUUGGAAACUAAACAAGAUUUAUCCUUUUCCACUGAGGAAGCAGAGAACCAACCAUAUUCAUCUCUUACUGAACAAACAGUGUUUGUACCUUUGGGUGUUUCAUUUUCUGUCUCCGAAACAAAACCAGAAGGAAGUCCAAAGUCUUCACAUGUAACUGGAGGCCUAUCCCCCAAGCACUUAGAUUUAUCUUAUACCCACUGUAAAACAGAGCAGACAGAAACUGUUCAGCCUGCAUCAGGUUUCUUCUUUGCGAGAAAAGAAGCAGAGAAUACAAAAAUUCAUCUACCUUUGCCUAUGGCUGCACAGUCAGAGGCUGAACAUGUAAUUCUACCUGAAACAGAGAGAGAACAGACUCCACAUUACUUCCACACAGCUAUGCAAUUAGAAUCUGAACGAUUAAAUUUAUCAUAUUCUACCGAUAAAGCAGAAGCUCUAGAAAGUCAAGAUUAUUUAACUGUGUCUUCAAAACUGGAGUCUGAACCUUCAGCUCCAUUUUAUUCAGCUGAUGAAACAUGUCAGCAAGAAAUUCCACCUUAUUCAAAACCAGCCUCUGAGUACUUGGUUCCCACAUGGUCCCUUGCUGAACAAGAAGAGCAAAGCAUGCAGCCACUUAUUCCCCAGUCUGCACAAUCAGAGUGUAAACAUGUGAUUCCACCACAUGAUGAAAAAGAAUUGCAAAAAAUUCAGCUCUAUUCACCUAAAUUAGCAAGCUUCAAGACAGUGCAGUUGGACAGUAUGUCUCUGACGCACACACAAGACCAAGACAAGAAAGAAUCUCAAGAUCAUUUGUUGGACACAAAAUAUUCGUCAUCAGAGCAGCUAAGAAGUCCCCCCAAAUUCACUACUGAGCAGGAUAAGCAAGAAAUACAACCUGAUGUGCAGGCAGUGCCAAGGUCAGUGACCACAGAGUCAAAGGUGACUGCUGUAGCAGACCAGCAAGCACUGUCAUCAGAUUCAUUUGUACGUUUUCAUACAUCACCUGAAAAGUCAGUAUCAGUGGUUUUCACUGAUGAUGAGGAGAAACAAAAUAUUCCGUCAUCUUUACCCGAUGUAGUAGGCAUUCUUGGAAAGCAACCUAGCAUAGUUUCAGACAUUUAUACUGAAGGAGAGGAUAGAUGUGAAAUGCAACCAUAUUUUGCAGACCAAAAGCAAACACCCUUAGAGCAUAUGGGAGCUGUUUCAUCAGAUCUUGUUUAUGAAACUGUGACGGACAAAACUCAGCAUUAUUCUGGUGAACGGGGCAGCCUUUCUUCAGUGGAGGUGAAGUCCAUUAGCUCUAGUUCUGAUGAAAAGCAGAAUUCAGAUAUUCCAUCUUUUGGGCUAGCUAGCUGGCUGGCGGAAGAGGUUAAAUCUCACUCAAUUAGUCCAAUCAGAGCUACAGAAGCAGACAGGCAAGGAAUUCAACUUUCUCCAAAUGAAGCUUCUGAUUUAGGAUCAAAACAAUUCCCAGGUGGAAGCUGCACAGAACUUACAAUUCAUGGUGCUAAAGGAGAUAUGUUUAGAGCUUCUGAUUCAGUAUCAAGUGAAAUUUCCCACAGAGUGUCCUCAGAAACUAGUCACAGAGCACAAAGGUAUGAUUUACCAUCUCUGGGAAGAGAUAAUCCAGGUCCAGAAAAAGUUCCAGAGUGUGAAACUAGGAUUGGAAACCCUACAAAAAUGGAAGCAAUGCAACAUCUGGAGGUAGACGAAGGGCCUGAAGUGCCUGAGCAUUACCUGAGAGGAGAAGAGGAAGAAAUGGAACAUGCAAGCACUGUAGAAGACAGUCAGCAUGCUCCAGAGCCUACUGAACAAAAAGAUCUAUUUAAUAUCAUUUCAGAAGGUUAUGAAAUACUCAAUAUUCAUGCUCCUACACAUAUUUCUUCCAUUGAUCAAGAAGAAAGCAAACACAUGCCAGAUAAACUAGAAUACUUGGAAACAAAUCCUUCAUUUAAAAGAAAAUUUGCUGAUGAUGAUCAUAGAGCCCUAGCUUCUGCAACAACCACAGAAAUUUCAGAAAGCUCAUUGUUAGGAAAGCCUGCAAGCCAUCAACUAAAAGAAUUGGUCAAAAAUGAUGAUGUUGAGGAAACUGGAGAACCACAACAAGAAAAUCCCAUGUUACCAGAAGACAAUAAUAAUACAGUGUUGGAUCCUAAUAAUGGUAUGGCUGAUAUGGAUUAUUUUGAAAAAUAUACAUUGAUUGAUGACAAAUCCCCACUUAAGCCACAUUUUGAAAGACCAAGUUCAUUGUUACCUGUGACAGAAGAUCCUAAUGAACCUGUGGAAGAAGCCAGAUCUUUUAAAGAAAGCGCUGAGGUAGAUACUUUGGAAGAGGAGUUUCCCUUACUUGAGGAUCUGGAUGAAGUCUUUUAUGGUACUGUGAAAGGAGAAAGCAAAAUGCAGUCCUAUGCAGAUGCUCCAAACCCCUUACCUCUGCAGAAAUCAAUUGAUAUUAGCAGUAAAAAGGCUACAAAUAUAGAAGAUGAACAGAAGUCACCAGGGACCCCACUCUUUGAUUCAGAAGAAGGAGUGCUAGAACGGUCUCUGUUGUUCCCUACCACUGUUGCUGCAGUUAAUCCAGAGCUUCUAGAGGAGCCACCUGCUCUGUCAUUUUUAUACAAGGACCUCUAUGCAGAAGCAGUAGGAGAAAAGACAAAAGAUGAGACUCCUUCUGAUGAAGAAAGUGGUAAUUCUAAUGCAUCUUUCCCAGUUCAGAGUUCAGAGGACAAACACAAGCAAGGGUCUGGUGAUGUUCAACAUGUCAGAACCGAGGUUCUGCCAGAAAGGGGUGUUGUGGAGAGAGAGAAAGUCCAAGUUGACAGUGACAUUCAAGCAACAAUUUGUAAACCAACACAUGCCAUUCCUUUUGGAAGCAAAGGAAUUCUUUCAGGUGCAAGACGUGAUACCACUGAGCAAAGAGAAGAAGAAAAUGUACCUGUAGAAACAACUGAGGAGUUGCCAGAGUCAUCAAGUCAUCAAGUGCUGUAUAGUCAACUAGUGGAUUAUCAGGGAGCUGCAUAUCAAGAAGCUAGUAAUAAGCAGGAAGAACAGCAUGAAAUGACAACAAUUCCUGAAAUGGAAAAAUAUGUCCCAUAUGUCCGGACUCCUGUUGAAGACAGCGAAGAUGAUCAGUAUACCCAGGAAAAUCUUUCCCAUGCCCCUGCCAUUCAGCAAACAGAGAAGCCAGACUUGCAAAGAGAGGAGCAACACCCUGAUGUUUAUGAAGAUAUUGCUGAGUCAAUGGACUAUGAUGUGAUUACGCAAGAAGAACUUUUGCAAGAUGAAAUAUCAUCUCAAUUCACACAGGAGGAGCUAGUAUUUGAAGACAGGGACUCUUUUGAGCAUGUUGGUGGUAGUUAUGAAUUUGUUAAUGAGCCAGAGCAAAGAACAUCUGUUGAGCUUGAAGAUUCAGGUUUUGUGGUGAUGUAUCCUGAAAAAUCAGCAACAAAUGUUCCUCAAGUUGAGAGCCCACAAAAAGAACUGAAGAAAGCGCAAGCAGACACAUAUUGUUACCACUGCAAAUGCCCAAUAUCUGCUAUUGACAAGCUUUUUGGAGAACAUAAAGACCAUGAAGUCACAACACUAGAUGAUGCUGCAACCAAGAUGAAGGAUCACUUAGAUGAAUUGCUAAUAGCACUGGAAGAUAAGUCAAUGAAGAUUGAAGAGUUCGUGAGUGAUAUUGAAUCACUAUUUAAUUCUGUUGAGGAAAACUAUAAGAAAAAUGCAGAGUUAUUGGAAAAGCAGAAUGAAAAGAUGCUUAAGAAAGUGGUAGCACAAUAUGAUGAGAAAUCAGAGAACUUUGAGGAAGUGAAGAAGAUGAAAAUGGAGUACCUGUAUGAGCAGAUGGUUAACUUCCAGCAAACUGUUGAUUCAGCAAAAGAAACUUUGGAGAUAACAGUAAAAGAAAUGGAAGAACUCGAUGGAUUUGUUUUCCUAAGUUCAUCUAAAGAAUUGAAUAAAAGGUUACUUUCUGCAAUGGAUACUACUCUCUCUUUAGAAAAGGUGCCCAGUGCUUUUUCACUGUUUGAGCACUAUGCGGACAGUCCAGGACAAAGCAACCAGCACUCCUUAAAACAUGUGGCUGUCCCACAGACACCGACUGUUGUACCUCAGGAACCAAAUUCGGCCACCAGCACCUCCAUUGCCGUUUACUGGGCUGUGAACGAUGGGGACGCCAUUGACUGCUUCCAGGUCUACUGUAUGGAGGAGCCACAAGCCAGCAAAGAUGCAGGUGCUUUGGUGGAAGAGUACAGAGUGACGGUAAAGGAGAGCCACUGCAUUUUGGAGGACCUGGAACCGGAUCACUGCUACAGUGUGUGGGUCAUGGCUGUGAAUGGCACAGGCUGUAGCUUACCCAGUGAAAAAGCCAUUUUUAAAACGGCACCCGCUGUCCCCACCAUCAAGGCCGAGGACUGCACAGUGUGUUGGGACACGGCCACCAUCCGCUGGCGUGCCUGCUCAGCGUUGGCGGAGUCCUUCACCCUGGAGUACUGCCGACAGCACUCGCCAGAAGGAGAGGGUCUCAGAUCUUUUGCCGGUAUAAAGAGACCUGAACUGAAAGUAUCCCUGGAACCCAAUGUGAACUAUUUCUUCUACUUGAGGGCUGUCAACCCAUUUGGGACAAGUGAACAAAGUGAAGCAGCUCUCAUCUCAACUAAAGGAACGCGAUUUUGCCUGCUGAGCGACACAGCCCAUCCUGCUUUGCAAAUCUCCUCCAAUGCAACAGUGAUCUGCCUUCCUGAGAAAGCCAAAUUCACUGGGUUACCUUCAGUCCUGGGUGAACUGCUGCCCGCUCGGGGACAUCAUUACUGGGAAACCGUUGUUUCUGCCUGCAGAAGCUACAGGAUUGGGAUUUGCUAUGAGGCAACAUCACGGAGCAGUGCCCUGGGGAUGAGUGAUACCUCCUGGUGCAUGCGGUGCUGUCCUACACAAACCAGCUUUCUUUACAGAUUUCUUCACACUGGUGUGAUGAGCGAUGUCUGCGUGACGGAACAGCCAGCCAGGAUCGGCAUCCUCUUGGAUUACAGUGGUGGCAGACUGUUGUUCUUCAAUGCAGAGAGAGGACUGGUGCUGUUCACCAUCAGGCACAAAUUCACUGAUGCUGCCUACCCAGCCUUUGCCCUGGAGAAGGCUGGAGCGCUUACCCUGCGCACGGGCAUAGAGCUGCCGGAGUUCGUGAAGCACAGCUAAUCCCCUGCUUCACACUCUCAGGAAAAUUGACAAUUACAGCGUCAGGGGACAGGGAGGGGAAGGGGGGAGUCAGGGAGGGAUGUCUAGUCUUCACCGAUGAAUGCCAUGCACACAGCUCUCCCCCACAGCAUCAGUAAUUGUAGUUAGUGCUCAGCCACAUAAUCACCCUGAACCUGGAGAGAAAAUUGACUCCUUCAGACAGAGCGUGCACCUAGUGAUAUACACAGCCAUACUUUUGAGGGGAAAAAAAGUUUUGUUAGAUAUGAACAUUAAGAGGGGGGAAAUCUGCUUUUCCUGUGAAAAUAAUGACAGUGCUAGCUGUCUUUUCAAAGUUGAUGAUAAGCCUGUGUAUAAAAUAAAUGCAUUUCUCACUGCA